AACAUGGAUUUGUGGUUCUUUCUCCUUUUGCUUGGAAGCGGCCUGAUAAGCGUAGGUGCUAACAACGUUACAACAGAGCCACCCACAACAGUGCCCACCUCCCCCAGGAGCCCCACCAAAGCUCCUACAGCAGGUCCUGACCAUGGGGCGACGACGAGCGCGAGCAGCCUCAACCUUAGCACUCCAGUGACUGUUUCUACCGUGGCGUCAAAGCCGCCCGCAACCACAGCCGCCAGCGUCUCCCCCAACACCACCACCGUCAGCCUCAACGCCUCCACCCUGGGGUCAACCGUGCCCAUGCCUCCGGCCACCUCCCUGCCACCCAGCGUGACGCCGUCGGCUCCGCACGCCGCUCUCCCCAGCACCGAAGCGGAGACGACGGAGAGGAAUUUCAGUGCGACGGCGACGACGCAAGAGACCUCUUCUGCUUCCCACAACGGUAACUCUGACAGAAGAGAUGAGACUCCGAUUAUAGCUGUGAUGGUGGCCCUGUCUUCCCUUCUAGUCAUAGUAUUUAUUAUUAUUGUGCUGUACAUGUUAAGGUUCAAGAAAUACAAGCAAGCAGGGAGUCAUUCCAACUCCUUUCGAUUGUCCAAUGGCCGGACGGAUGACGCAGAGCCGCAGAGCAUGCCGCUGCUCGCCCGCUCCCCCAGCACCAACCGCAAAUACCCGCCUCUGCCCGUCGACAAGCUGGAAGAGGAGAUCAACCGCCGCAUGGCAGACGACAACAAGCUCUUUCGGGAGGAGUUCAACGCUCUCCCAGCAUGUCCUAUCCAGGCCACAUGCGAAGCUGCUUCCAAGGAGGAGAACAAGGAGAAGAACAGAUAUGUGAACAUUUUACCCUAUGAUCAUUCCAGGGUUCACCUGACUCCUGUCGAAGGGGUUCCUGACUCCGACUACAUCAACGCCUCCUUCAUUAAUGGGUACCAAGAGAAAAACAAGUUCAUUGCUGCACAAGGACCAAAAGAAGAAACAGUGAACGAUUUUUGGAGGAUGAUUUGGGAGCAAAACACAGCGACAAUUGUCAUGGUGACCAACUUGAAAGAGAGGAAAGAGUGCAAGUGUGCUCAGUACUGGCCAGAUCAGGGCUGCUGGACAUACGGGAACAUCCGAGUGUCCGUGGAGGAUGUGACCGUCCUGGUGGAUUACACCGUGCGGAAGUUCUGCAUCCAGCAGGUUGGGGACGUCACGAACAAGAAGCCUCAGCGCCUGGUGACUCAGUUCCACUUCACCAGCUGGCCCGACUUCGGGGUCCCCUUCACCCCCAUCGGGAUGCUGAAGUUCUUGAAGAAGGUGAAGACAUGUAAUCCCCAAUACGCAGGGGCAAUAGUCGUGCACUGCAGCGCCGGGGUGGGACGCACGGGCACUUUCAUCGUCAUCGAUGCCAUGCUGGACAUGAUGCACGCAGAGAGGAAGGUGGACGUUUACGGCUUUGUGAGCCGGAUCCGGGCUCAGCGCUGCCAGAUGGUACAGACAGAU